GGCUAGUUUGCAUUUAUGAAUGGAUGUUUAUACUUGGACUCUGAAUGUUACUUCUUUGGUUUUGUUUUUAAAGUUGCAAUGCCUCCUUAGCUCUUCAUAUGGCUCAGAUGCUCACUUCUCUUGGUUGCUUGCCCUGCUUACUUUUCUACACAUUGUGGUCAUAACCUGAAAAGCCAAUGGGCACUCACGUCUCCACCUUGCAAACCAUGCCCUUUGAACUCUUCAGAGAUGAAGUGUCCUGAUUCCAUGCCAUCUAAAACACAUGAGAGUAUUUCACUCUUUAGGAAAAAACGUGAUGGAGAUUUCAUUGGUAGGAUCCGGACGCACAUUACUCUUUCCUUCAGUAGGGUUCAGCUCUGAGCUGGAAAUGGGGAUAUGGUUUAAGUUCAGCCACUUAAGAGUUUCGUAGGCUCCAUAGGGACAGCACCUACUACAGAAGUGUCUUCUCCUUCCCUGUGAGAGUUGAGAAGUCGAGUCAAAGCCAGAUUCUGAUUCCUUCAACUUCCUCCUGUUGAUUUCUGAGCUCAACUUCAUGGGGCAGAUCCCUGGCUCUCCUGACUUCAGUAUGACCAUGAAUGGUUCCUUAGGCAUAGGGCUAGAGAAGUGGAGAAGUUUUGGCAGUCUUUGGCCAGUUCCUUCUUUGGUAGAAACACCAAGCAGUGGAUGGGAAACUGGUAAAGAGCUUGGCAGACAGAAGCAGGUUCACUGUUUCCUAACUAAUAAGUAAAAAUUUGUAGCCUCUAGCACAGUGCCCAUAACACGGCGAUGUGCCUUCUUAGACAACUGUGGAAAGGAAAUAUUUUCUAUCCAGGGCUUGGUGACUACUGACUUCCUCUCUCCUCUGCCACCCCAGCGCCCACAGAAAGAUACAGGGAUCACUGCUAUUAUUAGUGCCAGUGAUGAAGUACCUUCCACCUCAACAGGGAAGGGUGGAGGGGAUGAAGCCAACACCGGAUUUUAGCUGUGGGUAACUGCCAUCUUGGAAGGGGGCUUUGGCUGAAUAUUCGACAGACCAAUGGUGUUACCGGUGACAACGUCAGUUAGUGGAGACCUUGAAGGCCCUUUCUGGAGAGUUUGUGGAACUUCUAGAAGAUGGUUCUUCCUGCCCAAUGGUGUCAUUAUGAACUGCACUGUGCUUGUUUGUCUGUUUCAUUUUUCUUUUUAGCAAAAUCAAAGCCAAGAGCUUUUAUCCUUCCUUCAUCUUACCUUAAGAGGACUUGCCUUUCAGACAAAAGGCUUCUGGGAAGACCCACAGAGGCGAUCUGUGUUUUGGGGAAAUCACAUUUUUUUUAAAAGUUACUUCUAUAAUACUAUAUGAUAAUCAGAUCACAGCCCCCAAACCUAAGACAUGUCUUAGCUCUGACUGAGUCACAAACUCUUUGGGCUUCAAUCCUGUUAAGGUCACAGUUAAAUGUAGGAAGGCAAAAUGCGCCUGAUGAAAUUGUUGACAUGCUCCGAAGGCCCCCGCUUCUCCCUAAAGACUCUCUAAGUGCAGCUUGGUGCUUCUGACAGCUGUGUGCUACAGGGAUCUCUGCAAGCCAGAGCUGGGGUGACCUUUCAGCACCCCAGGCCUCCUAAUCCUUUCCUUCAACCACCCUGGGCCUCUUUAAACUGACUCCAGUAACUGCGCUGUCAGGUUCAUCCUCACGGCAGCCAGGAUGACUUAAUGGACUCAGGAUAGCAUAGAGCGGACGGACGGCUGAGAGAGCAGGAAAAGCUUAGCUACUGGAGAGUAACGUUUCUCAGCAGGACAGGCACUGAGCUUGGAAUCUGUUGCUAGUCAUUUCUCUUGGCUCCAGUUUCCUCCAAGCUCCUGUGAGUCGUUAAUUGCAGGGUGAAGUUUAUCAGAAACCAUCUGUAAGUGCAAGCAAUUCUUAUGCAAGAAGCUAAACGUAAUUAAAUGUGCAGGAUGAAAAGAUGGCCCAGGCACUGCUGGUACCCCCGGGACCUGAGAGCUUCCGCCUUUUCACUCGAGAAUCUCUUGCUGCUAUCGAAAAGCGUGCUGCAGAAGAGAAAGCCAAGAAACCCAAGAAAGAGCAAGACAUUGACGAUGAGAACAAACCAAAGCCAAACAGCGACUUGGAAGCUGGGAAGAACCUUCCAUUUAUCUAUGGAGACAUUCCUCCAGAGAUGGUGUCGGAGCCCCUGGAGGACCUGGACCCCUACUAUGUCAGUAAGAAAACUUUUGUAGUGUUGAAUAAAGGGAAGGCGAUUUUUCGAUUCAGCGCCACCUCCGCCCUGUAUAUUUUAACUCCGCUAAACCCUGUUAGGAAAAUUGCCAUUAAGAUUUUGGUACACUCUUUGUUCAGCAUGCUUAUCAUGUGCACUAUUUUGACCAACUGUGUAUUUAUGACGUUGAGUAAUCCUCCCGACUGGACAAAGAAUGUAGAGUAUACGUUCACUGGGAUCUAUACCUUUGAGUCACUUAUAAAGAUCUUGGCAAGAGGGUUUUGCUUAGAAGAUUUCACUUUCCUCCGUGACCCAUGGAACUGGCUGGAUUUCAGUGUCAUCGUGAUGGCAUAUGUGACAGAGUUUGUGGACCUGGGCAAUGUCUCAGCGCUGAGAACGUUCAGAGUUCUCCGAGCAUUGAAAACAAUAUCAGUCAUUCCAGGUUUAAAGACCAUCGUGGGGGCCCUGAUCCAGUCCGUGAAGAAGCUGUCCGACGUCAUGAUCCUCACCGUGUUCUGUCUCAGUGUCUUUGCUCUAAUCGGGCUGCAGCUCUUCAUGGGCAACCUGAGGAAUAAAUGCUUGCAGUGGCCCCCGAGCGAUUCGGCUUUUGAAACCAACACUACUUCCUACUUCAAUGGCACAAUGGAUUCAAAUGGGACAUUUGUUAAUGUAACAAUGAGCACUUUCAACUGGAAGGAUUAUAUCGCAGAUGACAGUCACUUUUAUGUCUUGGAUGGACAAAAAGAUCCUUUACUCUGUGGAAAUGGCUCCGAUGCAGGACAAUGUCCAGAAGGGUACAUCUGUGUGAAGGCUGGACGAAACCCCAACUACGGCUACACAAGCUUUGACACCUUCAGCUGGGCCUUCUUGUCCCUGUUUCGACUCAUGACUCAGGACUACUGGGAGAAUCUUUACCAGUUGACAUUGCGUGCAGCUGGGAAAACCUACAUGAUAUUUUUCGUCCUGGUAAUUUUCUUGGGCUCGUUUUAUUUGGUGAACUUGAUCCUGGCUGUGGUGGCCAUGGCCUAUGAGGAGCAGAACCAGGCCACACUGGAGGAGGCUGAACAGAAGGAGGCAGAGUUUCAGCAGAUGCUGGAGCAACUGAAGAAGCAGCAGGAGGAGGCUCAGGCAGUGGCUGCAGCCUCCGCGGCAUCCAGAGACUUCAGUGGAAUAGGAGGGUUAGGAGAACUUCUGGAGAGUUCUUCAGAAGCUUCCAAGUUGAGCUCCAAGAGUGCUAAGGAGUGGAGGAACCGGAGGAAGAAGAGGAGACAGAGGGAACACUUGGAGGGAAACCACAGAGCCGAUGGAGACAGGUUUCCCAAGUCGGAAUCGGAAGACAGUGUCAAACGAAGAAGCUUCCUGCUCUCCCUGGAUGGCAACCCGCUGACUGGUGACAAGAAGCUGUGCUCUCCCCACCAGUCUCUCUUGAGUAUCCGUGGCUCCCUGUUUUCCCCAAGACGCAAUAGCAAAACGAGCAUUUUCAGCUUCAGAGGUCGGGCGAAGGACGUGGGGUCUGAGAAUGACUUUGCAGACGAUGAGCACAGCACCUUCGAGGACAGCGAGAGCAGGAGAGACUCCCUGUUUGUGCCGCACAGACCUGGAGAGCGACGCAACAGUAACGUUAGUCAGGCCAGUAUGUCAUCCAGGAUGGUGCCAGGGCUUCCAGCAAAUGGGAAGAUGCACAGCACUGUGGAUUGCAAUGGUGUGGUUUCCUUGGGUACCACCACUGAAACGGAAGUCAGGAAGAGAAGGCUAAGUUCUUACCAGAUUUCGAUGGAAAUGCUGGAGGAUUCCUCUGGAAGACAAAGAGCCAUGAGCAUAGCCAGUAUCCUGACCAACACCAUGGAGGAACUUGAAGAAUCUAGACAGAAGUGCCCACCAUGCUGGUAUAGAUUCGCCAAUGUGUUUUUGAUCUGGGACUGCUGUGAUGCAUGGUUAAAAGUGAAGCAUCUUGUGAAUUUAAUUGUGAUGGAUCCAUUUGUUGAUCUUGCCAUAACAAUUUGCAUCGUAUUAAAUACACUGUUCAUGGCCAUGGAGCACUAUCCCAUGACCCAGCAGUUCAGCAGUGUGCUGACUGUGGGAAACCUGGUCUUCACUGGGAUCUUCACAGCCGAAAUGGUCCUUAAAAUCAUUGCCAUGGACCCCUAUUAUUAUUUCCAAGAGGGCUGGAAUAUUUUCGAUGGAAUUAUUGUUAGCCUGAGUUUAAUGGAGCUAGGCCUGGCAAAUGUGGAGGGGCUGUCUGUGCUUCGGUCCUUCAGACUGCUCCGAGUCUUCAAGUUGGCAAAGUCCUGGCCCACACUGAACAUGCUCAUUAAGAUCAUCGGCAACUCGGUGGGCGCACUGGGCAACCUGACCCUGGUGCUGGCCAUCAUCGUCUUCAUUUUUGCCGUGGUCGGCAUGCAGCUGUUUGGAAAGAGCUACAAGGAGUGUGUCUGCAAGAUCAAUGUGGACUGCAAGCUGCCGCGCUGGCACAUGAACGACUUCUUCCACUCCUUCCUGAUCGUGUUCCGAGUGCUGUGUGGGGAGUGGAUAGAGACCAUGUGGGACUGCAUGGAGGUCGCGGGCCAGACCAUGUGCCUUAUUGUGUUCAUGUUGGUCAUGGUGAUUGGGAACCUUGUGGUUCUGAACCUCUUUCUGGCCUUAUUGUUGAGUUCCUUUAGUUCAGAUAACCUUGCUGCUACUGACGAUGAUAACGAAAUGAACAACCUCCAGAUCGCGGUGGGAAGGAUGCAAAAGGGAAUUGAUUUUGUGAAAAAUAAGAUACGGGAGUGCUUCCGAAAAGCGUUUUUCAGAAAGCCGAAAGUGAUAGAAAUCCAAGAAGGCAACAAAAUAGACAGCUGCAUGUCCAAUAACACGGGCAUCGAAAUAAGCAAAGAGCUUAACUACCUUAAAGACGGUAAUGGAACCACCAGCGGCGUGGGAACCGGAAGCAGUGUGGAAAAAUACGUAAUCGAUGAAAAUGACUACAUGUCAUUCAUAAACAAUCCCAGCCUCACCGUGACUGUGCCAAUUGCUGUGGGAGAGUCUGACUUUGAAAAUUUAAAUACGGAAGAGUUCAGCAGUGAGUCAGAAUUGGAAGAAAGUAAGGAGAAAUUAAAUGCAACCAGCUCUUCUGAAGGAAGCACAGUUGAUGUUGCUCCACCCCGAGAAGGUGAACAAGCAGAAAUUGAACCUGAGGAGGACCUUAAGCCAGAAGCUUGUUUUACUGAAGGGUGCAUUAAAAAAUUCCCCUUCUGUCAAGUAAGUACAGAAGAAGGUAAAGGAAAAAUAUGGUGGAAUCUUAGGAAGACAUGCUACAGCAUUGUGGAGCACAACUGGUUUGAAACGUUCAUUGUGUUCAUGAUUCUCCUCAGUAGUGGCGCUUUGGCCUUUGAGGAUAUAUACAUUGAGCAACGAAAGACGAUCAAGACCAUGCUGGAGUAUGCAGACAAGGUCUUCACGUACAUCUUCAUCCUGGAGAUGCUCCUCAAAUGGGUGGCCUAUGGAUUUCAAACCUAUUUCACCAAUGCCUGGUGCUGGUUGGACUUCCUGAUCGUUGAUGUUUCUUUGGUUAGCCUGGUAGCCAAUGCUCUUGGUUACUCAGAACUUGGUGCCAUCAAAUCCCUACGGACACUGAGAGCUCUGAGGCCACUCCGAGCCUUAUCCCGCUUUGAAGGCAUGAGGGUGGUUGUGAAUGCUCUUGUUGGUGCAAUUCCCUCCAUCAUGAAUGUGUUAUUGGUGUGUCUCAUCUUCUGGCUGAUUUUUAGCAUCAUGGGUGUGAAUCUGUUUGCUGGAAAGUUCUAUCACUGUGUUAACACGACAACAGGCAACAUGUUUGAAAUAAAAGAAGUGAACAAUUUCAGUGACUGUCAGGCUCUUGGCAAGCAAGCCCGGUGGAAGAAUGUGAAAGUCAACUUUGACAACGUUGGGGCUGGCUACCUGGCAUUGCUGCAAGUGGCCACAUUCAAAGGCUGGAUGGACAUCAUGUAUGCAGCUGUUGAUUCGCGGGACGUCAAACUGCAGCCCAUAUAUGAAGAAAACCUGUACAUGUACCUGUACUUUGUCAUCUUCAUCAUCUUCGGCUCGUUCUUCACUCUAAAUCUAUUCAUCGGUGUCAUCAUAGACAACUUCAACCAGCAGAAGAAGAAGUUUGGAGGUCAAGACAUCUUUAUGACAGAAGAACAGAAGAAAUACUACAAUGCAAUGAAGAAGCUCGGCUCAAAGAAACCUCAGAAGCCCAUCCCUCGGCCUGCAAACAAAUUUCAAGGGAUGGUCUUUGAUUUUGUAACCAGACAAGUGUUUGACAUCAGCAUCAUGAUCCUCAUCUGCCUCAACAUGGUGACCAUGAUGGUGGAAACGGAUGACCAGAGCAAAUACAUGACCCUGGUUUUGUCCCGAAUCAACCUAGUGUUCAUUGUCCUCUUCACUGGGGAGUUUCUGCUGAAGCUCAUCUCCCUCAGAUACUACUACUUCACGAUAGGGUGGAACAUCUUUGACUUUGUGGUGGUGAUUCUCUCGAUUGUAGGAAUGUUUCUCGCGGAGCUGAUAGAGAAGUAUUUCGUGUCCCCUACCCUGUUCCGAGUCAUCCGCCUGGCCAGGAUUGGACGAAUCCUACGCCUGAUCAAAGGCGCCAAGGGGAUCCGCACUCUGCUCUUUGCUUUGAUGAUGUCCCUUCCUGCGCUGUUCAACAUCGGCCUCCUGCUUUUCCUGGUCAUGUUCAUCUACGCCAUCUUUGGGAUGUCCAACUUUGCCUACGUUAAAAAAGAGGCUGGAAUUGAUGACAUGUUCAACUUUGAGACUUUUGGCAACAGCAUGAUCUGCUUGUUCCAAAUCACCACCUCUGCCGGCUGGGACGGACUGCUGGCCCCCAUCCUCAACAGCGCACCUCCCGACUGUGACCCCGAUGCAAUUCACCCUGGAAGCUCGGUGAAGGGGGACUGUGGGAACCCAUCCGUGGGGAUUUUCUUUUUUGUCAGCUACAUCAUCAUAUCCUUCCUGGUGGUGGUGAACAUGUACAUCGCUGUCAUCCUGGAGAACUUCAGCGUCGCCACCGAAGAAAGUGCAGAGCCCCUGAGUGAGGACGACUUUGAGAUGUUCUACGAGGUCUGGGAGAAGUUCGACCCUGACGCCACUCAGUUCAUAGAGUUCUGCAAGCUCUCUGACUUUGCAGCUGCCCUGGAUCCUCCCCUCCUCAUCGCAAAGCCAAACAAAGUCCAGCUCAUUGCCAUGGACCUGCCCAUGGUGAGUGGAGACCGCAUCCACUGCCUGGACAUCUUGUUUGCUUUUACAAAGCGGGUCCUGGGCGAGAGUGGAGAGAUGGACGCUCUUCGAAUCCAGAUGGAAGAAAGGUUCAUGGCUUCCAACCCCUCCAAGGUCUCUUAUGAGCCCAUUACCACCACCCUGAAACGGAAACAAGAGGAGGUGUCUGCUGCUAUCAUUCAGCGUAAUUAUAGAUGUUAUCUUUUAAAGCAACGGUUAAAAAACAUAUCGAGUAAAUACGACAAAGAGACAAUCAAGGGAAGGAUUGACUUGCCUAUAAAAGGAGAUAUGGUUAUUGACAAAUUGAAUGGGAAUUCCACCCCAGAAAAGACGGAUGGGAGUUCCUCCACAACCUCUCCUCCUUCCUAUGACAGUGUAACAAAACCAGAUAAGGAAAAGUUUGAGAAAGACAAACCAGAAAAAGAAAUCAAAGGGAAAGAGGUCCGAGAGAAUCAAAAGUAAAAAGAGACAAAGAAAUGUCUUUGUAAUCAAUUGUUUACAGCCUCUGAAGGUAAAGUAUCCGUGUCAACUGGACUCUAAGGAGAGGUCCAUGCCAAACUGACUGUUUCAACAAAUACUCAAGGUCAGUGCCUAUACCAGACAGUGACCUCUGUCACUGCCACUCUGUGAGACAGGGUAUCAACAUUGACAAGAGGUUGCUGCUUCCAUUACCAGCUGACACUGCUGAGGAGAACUCCAUUGUGCAAGUGACCCGUCAUCACGCCCCCAAACUCCAUUAGUACAACGCUCCUGUCAUCUAUUUUUAACAUUCACAUUUGCCAUAUUUUUACAAAAUCUGUCCCAGUGUAUCUUCCUGGUCCCCACUUCAUAGUCUGUUCAUAAUACUAUGUCACUAUUUUUGUAAAUGAAGUUUACGUUAAGGGAAAAUAUAUAUAUAAGAAUCCCAUGUUGCUAAGUCCACAAGUUUCUCCAGUAAUCAUAAAAAAAUAUUUUGCCUGAGAGAUGAAAUUAUUGCUCAAAACAAAAAAAAAAUAAAUUCUAAUGUUAACAGUUUCAAAUGCUUCCACUUUCUGGAUGGUGUUAGCUUACAAGUAUUUUGGUCUAUUAUGUUUGUUUAUAUCUGAGCAGUUAUGUGCCUGUAAAGACUCCUCUAAUAUUUAAAGGAUUAUUUUUAUGCAAAAUAUUUUGUUUCAGCAAGUGCAAAUUUUAUUCUGUUUCAGAGUUCUAUAUUUGAUUUUAGUUAAGCAUCCUCCCUCCAAAAAAUUUAUCUAACAUUUCUGUUAUUUAAAAAAAAAACUCUCCAAAGUAUCACUUUAGAAUAGUUGUUCCACUUCAUGUCGAGUAUUUCUUUGCCAUCUUCUGCUCUCAGCAAAACUGACAAUUUAUAUCAAUUAAAUACCCUCUGUUAUGUAAAUAGUUAUUUUAUCCUGUGGUGCAUGUUUGGGCAAAUAUAUAUAUAAACGUAUAUAUAGCCUAAUACACAAAUUCUAUUAAAUCGAAUGUGUACCACAGUGUAUGUGUCUUUUGCAAGCUUCCAACAGGGAGGUAUCCUGUACCAUUCAUUACACAGAAAUAGUUGGGGAGGCUAUCACUAAUGCAUGCUAAUAUUGCCUAAGCUGCUCUAUUUUAACCAAUCCAUUUAUCACACGUUUCGGUAAGAAGAGUCACAUGUUGGUGGCAGAAUGAAUUCAACCUGCUCUCUGUCUCCAUGUCAAGAAAUUCUCAUCGAUAUUACUUUAAAAUAAUUUUUUUUGCAUCGUUAGUUUAACUCGAGUAUCACAAUGUGUCUUUAUUAAUUUCAAGGAGACACACUGUACAGGGCCUAUUACCAAAUCCUACACAUCAUGGUUUGCUAAAAAACAAAAACAAAAAAAGAUCAAGAUUUGUUUAAAUAUAAAUAAUGUAAAAUAUAAUCCGUUUUUCUUUGUCAGCAUUUGUACAUAAGAAAAUUAUUUUCAGGUUAAUGACAUGGCACUUUAUUUUACCUUAUCCUUUUGCUUCUUAUUUUUAAAUCGAAACUCCAAACUUUUGCAUCCAAAAAAAGACUUUUCAGCAGAUAAUUUCCUAAAAUAAAAGUUAGACAAUGGGUUUUAUGGAUUUCUUUGUUAUAAUAUAUUUUCUACCAUUCUAAUAAGAGAUACGUUGGUCAAAAAUCUCAAACCCUGACCAUUUUCUACCAACUCUGGUUGCCUGCAGAGAAUCCUUCACUCAUGGAAGUUUGGUUUUUUUUAACUCAGCUUUUGUAGCAUUUGCAGACGCAGACUAGGUUUAUUUUUUUAAAUCCUGCUGCACUAAAGUUAUCACGGCUAUAACAUGGGCUCUGGCCUUUUUAACCAGGAACAAAGUGGGAAAGUUGUGCAAUUACCUAACAUGAUACAAUUCUUUUCUUCUUUUACUUCUUUCCUUUUUGUUUUUUUCACAAACUGAAAGUUUAAAGUUCAUUCCUUUUACAAAACUAUUUACUGUAGUGUACUGACAAACUGCAUGCAGGGAAUUGCUACUACUAAAAGAAUGGUGAGCUACUUCAUUAUUGAGCCAAAAGAAUAAAUAUUUUGUUGUUUUUUGGUUGUUUUUUUUUUUUACUGUAUCUCAUUUGUUGGACUGAGGUUUUUUGUUUUUCUUUUUUUUCUUUUUUUUAACUAUUGGCGGGUAAAAAUUUACACAACAAAAGAAAACCUGUAUUUGAUUCGACAUUUGUAUUCAUAGAAGUUCACAUGAGUUUUGUAACACCCUGCUACAUUAUCUACCGAGAAGUUUGUCAAAAUAAAGACUAGUUAAAAGCA